CCCUCGCGUCCCGCCGGCCCCCUCCCCCGGCUGGGCCCGGGGGAGGGUGGCGCCGUGAGCGAGCGGGGACCGGGCUUUCCUGCCCCUUCCCCUGCCCCUGGGCCGCCAGGAUGGAGGCGGGGUCGGGUCCCCCGGGCGGCCCGGGAUCCGAGAGCCCUAACCGGGCGGUGGAGUACCUGCUGGAGCUGAACAACAUCAUCGAGAGCCAGCAGCAGCUGCUGGAGACCCAGCGGCGGCGCAUCGAAGAGCUGGAGGGCCAGCUGGACCAGCUCACCCAGGAGAACCGCGACCUGAGGGAGGAGAGCCAGCUGCACCGCGGGGAGCUGCACCGGGACCCCCACGGCGCGCGGGAUAGCCCGAGCCGCGAGAGCCAGUACCAGAACCUGCGCGAGACCCAGUUCCACCACCGGGAGCUGCGGGAGAGCCAGUUCCACCAGGCGGCCCGGGACGUGGGCUACCCGAACCGGGACGGCGCCUACCAGAACCGAGAGGCUGUGUAUCGGGACAAGGAGCGGGACGCCUCUUACCCACUCCAGGACAGUGCCGGCUACUCUGCCCGCGAGCGCGACGUGACCCAGUGCCACCUGCACCACGAGAACCCAGCCCUGGGUCGCGAGCGUGGCGGGCGGGAGGCCGGGCCAGCGCACCCGGGCCGCGAGAAGGAAGCCGGCUAUUCGGCGGCGGUGGGCGUGGGGCCCCGGCCACCGCGGGAGCGGGGCCAGCUGAGCCGUGGCGCAUCCAGGAGCUCCAGCCCGGGGGCCGGCGGCGGCCACAGCACGAGUACCAGCACCAGCCCGGCCACAACCCUCCAGAGAAAAUCUGAUGGUGAGAAUUCCAGAACAGUCAGGUCCACAGCGUCUCAUACUCUACACCAGUAUUGCUGUCCUACUCAGGUCCUUGACUCCAUGAAGCUUACCCCCUCAGGCAGGCUGGCAGAGAGCAGUGUGGAGGGUGAUGCCCCAGGCAGUGACCUGAGCACAGCGGUUGAUAGUCCUGGGAGCCAACCCCCCUACCGGCUGAGCCAGCUGCCCCCCACCAGCAGCCACAUGGGGGGCCCCCCUGCUGGGGUGGGCCUACCCUGGGCUCAGCGGGCUCGCCUCCAGCCAGCCAGUGUUGCCCUGAGGAAACAGGAGGAGGAGGAGAUAAAGCGCUCCAAGGCCCUGUCGGACAGCUAUGAACUCUCCACGGACCUGCAGGACAAGAAGGUGGAAAUGCUGGAGAGGAAGUAUGGGGGCUCCUUCCUGAGCCGCAGGGCCGCCAGGACCAUCCAGACAGCCUUCCGCCAGUACCGCAUGAACAAAAACUUUGAGAGGCUCCGCAGUUCAGCUUCAGAGAGCCGCAUGUCCCGCCGUAUCAUCCUUUCCAACAUGCGGAUGCAGUUCUCCUUUGAGGAAUACGAGAAGGCACAGAAUCCCGCGUACUUCGAGGGCAAGCCUGCCUCGCUGGACGAGGGUGCCAUGGCUGGUGCCCGGAGCCACCGGCUUGAACGGGGGCUCCCCUAUGGAGGCUCCUGUGGAGGGGGCAUCGAUGGUGGGGGAAGCUCCGUUACCACAUCCGGAGAAUUCUCUAAUGACAUCACAGAACUUGAGGACUCCUUCUCCAAACAGGUAAAGUCUCUGGCUGAAUCCAUUGACGAGGCCUUGAACUGCCACCCAUCGGGGCCCAUGUCUGAGGAGCCGGGGUCAGCCCAGCUGGAGAAGCGAGAAUCGAAGGAACAGCAAGAGGACAGCUCGGCCACAUCCUUCAGUGACCUUCCCCUCUACUUGGAUGACCCAGUCCCCCCACCAUCCCCUGAGCGACUGCCCAGCACAGAGCCCCCACCCCAGGGCCGGCCCGAAUUCUGGGCCCCGGCCCCUCUCCCACCAGUUCCUCCGCCAGUGCCACCAGGGACCCGGGAAGAUGGUAGCCGUGAGGAAGGCACUCGCAGGGGUCCUGGGUGCUUGGAAUGCCGGGAUUUCCGGCUGAGGGCUGCCCACCUUCCCCUGCUUACCAUCGAGCCUCCUAGUGACAGCUCCGUGGACCUGAGUGACCGCUCAGAUCGCGGCUCUGUCCACCGUCAGCUGGUGUAUGAGGCUGAUGGCUGCAGCCCCCAUGGGACCCUGAAGCACAAGGGGCCACCAGGCAGGGCCCCGAUCCCACACCGCCACUACCCAGCCCCGGAGGGCCCAGCCCCAGCCCCACCAGGGCCCCUGCCCCCAGCCCCCAACAGUGGCACUGGGCCCAGUGGUGUGGCUGGGGGUCGGAGGUUGGGGAAGUGUGAGGCAGCAGGCGAGAACUCUGAUGGUGGAGAUAACGAGAGCCUUGAGAGCUCCAGCAAUUCCAACGAGACCAUCAACUGCAGCUCUGGCUCCUCUUCGAGGGACAGCCUGAGGGAGCCUCCCGCCACCGGCCUGUGCAAGCAAACUUACCAGCGGGAGACCAGGCACAGCUGGGACUCCCCAGCCUUCAACAACGAUGUGGUGCAGAGGCGGCACUACAGGAUUGGCCUCAACCUCUUCAAUAAGAAGCCAGAGAAGGGUAUCCAGUAUCUGAUCGAGCGGGGCUUCCUGUCAGACACACCAGUGGGAGUGGCUCACUUCAUCCUGGAACGGAAAGGCCUGAGCCGGCAGAUGAUAGGGGAAUUCCUAGGGAACCGGCAGAAGCAGUUCAACCGAGAUGUGUUGGACUGUGUGGUGGAUGAGAUGGACUUCUCCUCCAUGGAUUUGGAUGAUGCACUCCGGAAGUUCCAGUCCCAUAUCCGGGUUCAAGGCGAGGCCCAGAAAGUGGAGCGACUCAUCGAAGCCUUCAGCCAGCGGUACUGUGUGUGUAACCCAGCCCUCGUGCGCCAGUUCCGGAAUCCAGACACCAUUUUCAUCCUUGCUUUUGCCAUCAUCCUCCUCAAUACUGACAUGUACAGUCCCAGCGUCAAGGCUGAACGCAAGAUGAAACUAGAUGACUUCAUCAAGAACCUGAGAGGAGUUGACAAUGGUGAAGACAUCCCCCGAGACCUGCUGGUAGGCAUUUACCAGCGCAUCCAGGGGCGUGAACUACGCACCAAUGAUGACCACGUGUCCCAGGUGCAGGCUGUGGAGCGCAUGAUUGUGGGCAAGAAACCGGUCCUGUCUCUUCCUCACCGCCGACUGGUUUGCUGCUGCCAGCUCUAUGAGGUGCCAGAUCCAAACCGCCCUCAGAGGCUGGGGUUGCAUCAGCGGGAGGUCUUCCUCUUCAACGAUCUCCUUGUGGUCACCAAAAUUUUCCAGAAGAAGAAGAUCUUGGUGACGUACAGCUUCCGUCAGUCCUUUCCUCUAGUGGAAAUGCACAUGCAGCUCUUCCAGAAUUCAUCUCAUGGUCUGGCAGAGAACCUCAGCACGUACGUUUUCUGGUGGGCCGGAGAGAUGGUGAUCCCGCGGCGCAUUGAAGGACUGAGCCAGAGGAGCUUUGAUGGGUGGCCUUCUGGGCAGCAGAAGCAAUAUUACCAGUUUGGGAUCAAGUUGCUGUCGGCGGUACCCGGCGGGGAGCGCAAAGUCCUCAUCAUCUUCAAUGCCCCCAGCCUCCAGGACCGGCUGCGCUUCACAUCUGACCUGCGCGAGUCCAUUGCUGAGGUGCAAGAGAUGGAGAAAUACCGGGUGGAGUCGGAGCUGGAGAAGCAGAAAGGUCUGAUGCGGCCUAACGCCUCACAGCCCGGAGGGGCCAAGGACUCCGUGAAUGGCACACUGGCCCGAAGCAGCCUGGAGGACACGUAUGGGGCAGGCGAUGGGCUCAAACGGGGCGCGCUCAGCAGUUCCCUGCGAGAUCUCUCUGAUGCAGGGAAGCGGGGGCGGCGUAACAGCGUGGGAUCGCUGGACAGCACCAUCGAAGGGUCUGUUAUUAGCAGUCCACGCCCUCACCAGAGGAUGCCACCUCCGCCCCCACCCCCGCCGCCAGAGGAGUACAAGAGCCAGAGGCCCGUCUCCAACUCCUCAUCCUUCCUGGGCUCCCUAUUUGGAAGCAAGCGGGGCAAGGGGCCCUUCCAGAUGCCACCACCGCCAGCAGGCCAGGCCUCUGCCUCCUCUUCAUCUGCUUCUUCCACCCACCACCACCACCACCACCACCACCAUGGUCACAGCCACGGUGGCCUGGGGGUGCUACCUGAUGGGCAGUCCAAGCUCCAGGCCCUGCAUGCCCAGUAUUGCCAAGGACCAGGCCCGGCCCCACCGCCCUACCUCCCACCCCAGCAACCCCCUCUCCCCCCUCCACCUCAGCAGCCCCCGCCCCUGCCACAGCUGGGCUCCAUUCCACCACCUCCCGCCUCGGCUCCUCCUGUGGGGCCACAUCGCCACUUUCACGCCCAUGGCCCAGUCCCAGGCCCCCAGCACUAUACCUUGGGCCGGCCAGGCAGAGCUCCCAGACGGGGGGCCGGAGGACACCCUCAGUUUGCUCCACACGGCCGCCACCCCCUGCACCAGCCCACCUCCCCAUUGCCCCUGUACAGUCCUGCCCCCCAGCACCCUCCCGCCCAUAAACAGGGCCCCAAGCACUUCAUCUUCAGCCACCACCCACAGAUGAUGCCAGCAGCAGGGGCCACUGGGGGCCCUGGAUCCCGGCCACCAGGGGGCUCCUACUCCCACCCCCACCACCCCCAGUCACCCUUGUCACCGCACUCACCCAUCCCACCCCACCCCUCUUACCCACCCCUGCCCCCACCCUCACCCCACACCCCGCACUCGCCCCUGCCGCCCACCUCCCCCCAUGGUCCACUGCACGCCUCGGGGCCCCCUGGCACGGCCAACCCACCCACUGCAAACCCCAAGGCCAAGCCAAGCCGGAUCAGCACCGUGGUCUGAUGAACGGAGAGUGUGAGCUGGGGACUAGGGAGGUCUGGGGAAUCCGCAGGAGAGGGCCCUCGCACCCUCUCCGCUUCCUCAGUUUUUCCAAAAUAUAUAUAGACAUAGAAAUGUCCUCCUCCCCACUUCCUCCCUGCCUCGGGACCCCUCCUCUAACCCCCAACAGUCUCCAUGGGGUUUCCUUCCAGAUUCUAGGCUCCUUGCCACUUGAAGCCUGAAUGCAGGGCUCUCGAGCUCUGGGGAGUGGUGAGGACCUUUCGGAAAUCCUUGUCCUCUUUUUCCUCUCCUCACCCUCCCCCCUCCUCUCCCCAGAGGUCUAGUUGGGGUGGCCUCAGACCUCCGAGCCGGUGUGAGCUCCCCCGUCAGCUCUGGCUGGUAGGGAAGGGCAAUGAAGGCGAAGGCUUCCCCAGGGCGCCUCUGGCCGCGUGGGGGCUAGGAGGGAGCUCUGUAGAGUUGUGGCCAAACCUCAGCUGGCUCGGCCCUCUCUCUGACCUCAGGGCCAGGCCACCCACCUCCUCCAUGUGUGUCGUCGUCUCCACCUGCUGGAGGAUGUGGAGUGUCAGUGCACUUGGUGGGUGGGCCCCCACUUCUGCUGGUCCCCAGGACAGGCAGGGCUUCCUCUUCUGGAGCCAAUCUCUGCCCUGUCUUCCGUGGGCCCCAGCCCAGACCUCUUCAGCUUCAGGACCUUGCCUCUCCUUGCAACGUUCCUAUCCUGAUCAAAGUCCAGACAGGUUUGGGGUGGGGGGCUCAGGUCUGGGAUGAGAAGGGCGCGCUGCCCUCCCUCACCCAUGUUGCAUGCCCCCCAUCCCCUUACACCUACCCCCACCUACAGCUGAAGACAAUGCACUUUACAGAUAUUGCCCACACACACCUCGCUGGGGCAGGGCACCCAGCAUCAGCCCUGGGGAGAGGGGCUCCCAGAGGGCCACCACGAGCCUGAGAUGUCCUUCCUGAGGCAGAGAUGGAAGCCAUCAGAGCAGGGGCUGGGAGCCAGGAUGCCUGAGUCCUUCUGUCCGUCAAACUCUCCGCUGCCUCUCCAGCCCCUUUACAGCCCUGUUUAUUUAUUAUAAAUAUAUUUUUUACAAGCCCCAGCUCCUCUUCUUGCCCCGCAUAUCCAGCUCCUUUCUCAGCUCCUGCCUCCCUCUCCCCUCUCCACCAUGGGCUGCAGUACAAACAGACAGACAGACCCUGGCUGUAUGAAGGGCCAGGGACCCCAGGGCUUGGGGGCGGGGGAGGGCAGCAGUGGGAGGGGCUGUAUGGAGAGGAGCUGGGGUUUAGGCAUUGUCUUUUUUCCUCCUUGUACAUAAGAAUGUAUAUUUGAUGCCUCAUAAAAGACCUUGUGCUCA